AUGCGCUGUUCCCCAUCACCUUCUAACCAGCACAUGUCCACCGAUAGCGGCUUCGUUGCACCGCUGAGGCUGAACAGCACCCAAGGAGAAAUCCGGGUUGGGCCCAGCCACCAGGCCAAGCUCCCUGAGCUGCAGCCCUUCCCUUCCGGAGAUGGGGACGCGGUGACGCGUCACGAAGAGCUGGUCUGGAUGCCCGGGGUGAACGAUUGCGACCUGCUGAUGUACCUGCGGGCGGCGAGGAGCAUGGCGGCUUUCGCAGGGAUGUGCGACGGCGGUUCGACGGAAGAUGGCUGUGUGGCGGCUUCCCGGGACGACACCACCCUCAACGCACUCAACACACUACACGAGAGUAACUACGACGCCGGGAAGGCCCUCCAGCGCCUGGUGAGGAAGCCCGUCCCCAAACUGAUCGAAAAGUGCUGGACGGAAGACGAAGUGUUAACCUGCAAGUUGGGACAAGUCCUGUGUAGGCCUUAAAGAUGCUCUGAUGAAGCCCAGAAAAAUGCG